UGCCGCAGGAUAUGAGCAGAAGCCUGAGCUGGUCUGAGCGGCUCGACGCGCUUCUCAAUGCCACUGAUGGAAAUGUGGCCCGGAUUAAGGUGAGGGGGCGCCUGAGACUGGCCCGCUUGGGGGUCGGGUUAAGGGACUCUCAGCUCACUGGACUGUGCAUCUGUUUCUUUUGUAGCAGCUGCUAUAUCCCCUUGGGGUCUCCGCCGCAGUCUGGAGUCCAAGCUCAACAGUCCUGGGUUCUGAAGACUCCUCCCACUGUCCCAGAGGGACUGAGCUGGGCUGAAGCCCACAGUCCAUCCUCUGUCUGGGAUGAAGUUACAAUUCUCCAAUCCCAACUUAGAUCCCAGGCUCAGGUGAUUGAGGCACUAAGGCAGGCUGUGCAGGGCCUUCUAGAAGAACGAGAGCAGCAGAAAUACCAGAUCUGUGCCCUGGAAGCAUCACUAAGAUUGCUGCAGGAGAGCCCAGAGAGGAGGGUCCUUCUCCUUGAGCAACGCCUGGAGGGACUUAGAAGGGAACUGCAGGGCCUCCGGAGCCAGGUGCAGGAGCAGGCCCAGGCUCAAGCUCAGAAGCAACCAGAACCAGGACAGUGUAGUGCUACCACCGGCCUUCACCAGAAAUUGCAGAAUGAGCGGCAACUGCUGUGGGAGGAGUCAGAGGUUCUGUGGGAGGAGCUGAAGUUGCUGCAGGACCAACUGAGCCAGCAUCAGGAGUUGCUGCUGAAACAGAUGACUGAGGGGCAGCAGGUUCAGGCCCCCAGCUGGAAGAUGUUGGAGCAACUACAAAGUGGCCAGGAGGGCAAGGGUCACGCUCUGGAGGCUGCCAGCAUAGAGGCCCAGGAUGCCCAGCGGGAGUUCGACCUUCUCAGGACCUCCAUUCAUGUCCUCCAAUCCAAGCUGCCCCUGACUACCACCUUCACCGUGUCCCUUUCUUCACCUGACUCUGAAGUCAGUCUUCUGGGCAGUAACAGUAGCUGGGAACUUUUAAGGAAGCUAGGUGGGGAGCUCCCGAGAAGCACCCUUUCUAACCCGGAGCCCAACAGCCUUCAGCUUGAGCAGGUGGACCUAUCCCUUCAGCCCCCCAAGGUCCUCAUGACUGACCUGUAAGAACUUGUAGGAGUAGUGGGAUGAAGCCUUCCUUAUCCUUCUGUACCCACCCAGGGCCUUAAGGUCCAAUUUCAGGGCCCUCUGCCCUCCGCUCUUGGUCUAGCUGGUAUUUGCCCUGCCUACUGAGGCUUCUCACUACCUGUCUCCCUCACCCCCAUCUGCAAUAAAAUGGUUUAAUCCUCCCUGGUGUGUUAUGUUUUCCGUGAAUCAGCAUGCACAUGGGAUAUACUCAGCUAUAUCUUUUUUUUCAUCCUAUUACUUGGCUGCUUCCUGCUACCUCUAUCUUUAAAAUCCAAGUUUAUAGACAUUUAUAGCUGCACCUUCUGAGUGAAAGCCCUGUGCUCAAUCAAACUUAGAAGGAGAUGGGAGCUUACAGUCCAGCUGGUAGAAAGAGCUAGGAACUGCUCUGGGACAGUAGUGAUGUGGGGAUGCUCACAUUCUAGUGGGCCUGGAGCUGGGCAAUAGGAGACUUCUCAUCUUCAUUUUCUGUUUUUUGAGGUUCACUCCACCCUCUCCACUCCUCAUCCUCACCAAUAUGCCUCCAUUCCUGCAGCAGCCUCCUCCCUGGUCUCUCUUCCUUCAGUCUCUACCUGUAAUCCAGUGGCUUUCAGAAUUUUUUGAUGUGACCCCUAGUAAGAAAUACAGUUUACAUUGUGACCUAGUAAAUACAGAUGUUUAUUAACUGAAGCAAAAAUUUUAUGAUUUAAUACUCAUUCUUACUAGGUCUGAUACACUCUGAUACUUUCUAUUACAUUUCAUUAAAAAAACUACCUCAUGGCUUCCGAUCCUUCCACCACCUGGCUGCUUUCUGAAUUGUUUAUCUCCCUGGGUAGACUCAGGGCAGCUCUUCUUUCUCCUUACGUAGGCUUUGUGUUCUAGAUAGUACAGGCCAGGGUUUCCUUAGAAGACACAGCCUCCCAAUGAGACCUCAUGAGGCUUCAACCAUUGCUAAAUCUAGUCAAAAAAAUAAUGCCAUCCAUCCACCAAGUGGGUGUUUAUUGAAUAUUCCCUGUGUGUUAAUCAUGUAGUGCUGCUAUAACAGAAAUACCACAAGUGGAUGGCUUUAACAAAGAGAAACUUGUUCUCUCACAGUCUAGUAGGUUACAAGUCCAAAUUCAGGGUGUCAGCUCCAGGGGACGCCUUUCUUUCUCUGCCAACUCUGGAGGAAGAUUCCUUGUCAUCAGUCUUCCCCUGGUCAAGUUGCUUCUCAGGCGCAGGGACCCCAGGUCCAAAGGACAUGCUCUACUCCUGGUGCUAGCUUUCUUGGUGGUAUGAGGUCUCCCAUCUCUCUGUUUGCUUCUCUCUUUUAUAUCUCAAGAGAGUGCCUCAAGAUACUAUUCAAUCUUAUAGAUUGAGUCCUGCUUCACUAACAACUGCCAUCCACCCUCAUUAACAUCAUAGAGGCAGGAUUUACAACAUACAGGAAAAUCACACAAUACUGGGAGUCAUGGCCCAAACAAAUCGAUACACACAUUUUUGGGGGGACAGAAUUCAAUCCAUGACACUCUGUAUUUGUCUUGAGUGAAGAUGUACAGUGGGUUCACGUGAAGAUGCUGGGUCUUAGUCUAACUAGGGAGACAGUUAUCUGAAAUAAAAGCACGAUAAAAAGUUGAGGAGAGUAGGGCAGGAACUAAUUCCAGUAAUGGAGGGCAUUUAGGUCAUGGAGAGAAAGCCUUGAUGCCUGAAUAGCUACAAAGCAAUUGCAGUGUGAUGGAUUGCUGUUAUGUGGCCUUUCCAGCUAUCAUCUUGUAACUCUCACCAAAAGAUUGGGUGGAACUAUGCGAGUAAGGUGCUUGUGGCCCACAAAGGGGAUUGGACACCUUGCUAAUAAUACAGAUAAGGUUCAUGGCACACUUGUGGGGGUGAACCACGUAAAUAAGGUAUAUUGAAUCCUAACGAGGGGAUUGGUCUGCCAUCCUGCUAGGCUCAAAAGAGAGUCAAUUCCAGAAGCAGAGGGGCACCUGACUACCACAAAGAAGAGCUAGGAGUAGAAUGCAUCCUUUGGACCCAGGAUCCCUGUGCUGAGAACCUCCUAGAUGGCAGGAGACAGAGAGAGACAGCUGUCACACCGCAGAUGGCACAAGAUGGGGAAAAGCAGUGGCAGAGAAAUGGCAGCAGCAGAACCAGGAGAACAGCAGAAGACCACGUGGUGGGCUUCCCAGCCCACAGAGCAAAAAAGCUGAGUGGCCUCUGGCAAGAGGCUUGUUGAUGGUGUAGGGUGCUCCCGGGCACGUGGCAGUGGAGCUAAAGAGCUUUGUAACACUUGCCUGAGCAGGGCAUAGGCAGGCCAAGGGCCAGGGGCUAGGGGAGAGGCCUGCCACAGGCAAGGCUGAGAAGAGGCUGUCCUGAUCAGGGAACUGUAUUCUGAGCAUUUCUGAUCCUGAAUUGUAACCUGUUCCUAAUAAACCCCAUAAUCAUUAGUAUUGUCUGUGAGUUCUAUGUGACCAUUGCAAUGAAUUAUCAAACACAGCAGAGAAGUAGAGAAUGCCAUGGGAGGGACCAUUGGUGUCAGAAUGGGUAAAAAGGUCGGAGGGAGGAGGUACGUCCUUCACAGGAAUCAGCCUUGGGCUGAUGCCGAUGGUGACUCUCCCUCCCCCUUGUGAAGCUAGAGAAGGUCAGACACUGCUGCCACACAGUUUUUACAGGAAUCCUCCUUGGUUCUUUCCCCUUGGCAUUGGGAGGCUGGGGAGAGUGGAAUGGUAGAGAUCAGACCUGGGUCAAAUAGACUCUGUUUUAAAAAGCAUGUAAACAAAACCUUCCCAUAUGCCGUGCAAACUUUCAUCAAAAAUACAAUAUUUAAAAAAAAAAAACAAAAAAAACCCUUCCCAUCAAGAGCCAUCUUUCUGCUGAAGCAGCUGCAAGGAAACCCCUUUUUUACAUUGUUCACUGGGCAGGUGAUCAUCUGGCAUGGUGGCUUAUUCAUUCUGCUUGCUCCAGUACUCUAUUUAUCUACCAAUUAUUUUGCCUCAGAUUCUGAGGGAGACAGGCUUGCAGGGGUACUAGGGCUCCAACAUAAACAUCAAAGAGCAACGAGGAACAAUGAUAUUUGAACUGUCACCAGGUGGCAGCACAUGAUUUGUUGCCAGAAGAACAGUACUGAAGAGGCUUUAGGCCAGCGGGUCUGGACUGGGGUGAUUUCUUUUAUCUCCCUUCAGUUUAGCAUCCUGUGAGCUACCAAACUUAUCUUAAAACAGUGCCUUGUUUAGGUUAUUCCCCUGUUCAGGAACCUUGGAUAGCUCUCAUACCAGAAAGGAAAAAGGACAAAAUUGUCAUUUAAGUUUAACCCACAUUCAGUCUCUUCUCUUUCCAGCCUUAUCUCUUACCGUACAUUUCUUAAACUUUACUGCCCCCGGGAAUGCACAUCACCUACACUCUAAUCGUAUUAUUUAAAUUUCACUCAUCUUUCAAGACCUGCGUCCCAUCGCCUUCCAGGAAAGAAGCCCAAAGAUGUCUGAAUGGAGGUCUCUACUCUAAGAGAGUGCUAGUGCAAGGCCUUUUGCUUGCUCUUGUCUUUGAAGACCUUGUCCUGCUUCAGCUGGCUCAGGCAUGAGAUUAUGAGCGCCUGAGGUCUAGGCAUAAGGAAAGCAUGAGGAAAUAUGUGCCUGUUGAAACUAAAUAGAAUUCUUAUCGCCCACCCAGCUUUUUUUUUU